AUGCCUCGAACGUCCUCGAGGCAGGCUGCCCAGAAGGCCAAGGAAGCCAUCUCUUCCACGGAGUCGACUGAACGGGCUCCCACGGGAUCGAAGCGCAAGGCACCACCGAAGCCAGCCCCGCAGCCCAAGAAAGAGAAGACAGAAAAGCAACUGCGGCCUGAAAAUGAAAGUGAAGCAAACGAGGAACAGGCCAUGGGGGCCAUGAUCGACGGCACCCCAGAGUUGAAGGCAAAGGGAGAAAAGGAGCCUAAACCAGAACAACCCCCCAGGCCUGCUCUCAAUAUUGAGUCAGGCGUUCGAAAAUCUGAUGAGCGGGAAACCGUGGUGUCUUCCAACAUCCGCGAAAAGGGCGUUAUUUACUUCUUCUUUCGACCUCGGGUCAAUGUCGAAGACCCCCACAGUGUGGAGGAUGUCGCUCGAAGCUUCUUCGUGCUUCGCCCUACCCCUCUUGGAGCUGAGCUCAACGAGGGCCAGGGCCCCGUCGACAAAGACGCGCGUUGUCGUCUGAUGAUCCUCCCGAAAAAGAAGUUUCCGACGUCGGGCAGGGAAAGGGAUAUGGGGUUUGUGGAGAAAUCUGGACAGUCCAUGAAGGAUCUGCAGGAGAAGUUCCUUGCCGGUGCAACGUACCAGACCUCCACCCGGGGUGAACGCUCCCUCCAGGAGGCGAAACCCUAUGCAGAAGGGGUCUACGCUAUUACAUCCACGAAACGCGCAGCUCAUCUCGCGUACAUCCUAACCAUUCCAACGGAGUUAGGCGACAUCCAAAAAAACUUUGGACUUCGAGAGCGUGGGAGCUGGAUUCUCCAGUCGAAGAACCCCAAGUACCCCGGUCCAGGUUAUGCCCAAUUGCCCAAGGAUCCCGAAUAUCCAGAAUCCGUGCGCGAGAAAUUCGGCGACCUCCGAUGGGUGCCCCUGGAGCCCGAGUUCCUCGAAUAUCCUAACGCACAGUUCCUGAUGAUCGGCGAGGCGCAGAAUGAGCUAGGUAAAGCCGCGACUGCCGAGGGUGCCAAGGAGCCGAAUGAACAGGAACCCGGGGAGGAACUGGAGAGAAUGGAACAGGAAAAUGAGCAACGGGUCGAAGCGCUGCGAGGCGAUGAAACGGUCUAUCAGGAUCUCGGGUUGGAUGCCCAGAAGUACCCCAAAGUGCCCAGCACCUGGAACAGCGAGUCCUGA